CCAUCUGUUCGGCUCCGGCGAGACUCUGAUUGAAACAGAUUGUACCGCUCUUCGGGUCGCAAUGGCAACUGCCCGACAAGGACGACACUAGCAACUUUUGUCGUACUUGUAAUGUUCCGGAGACAUCCCAAGUCGCCGAGGAAACUACCUUCUAAUGUGAACAAUAGACGUCACACAAUAUCUCAAGUCCGAAAAUGUCCCAGGGAUGUACCGUUUCUGUGGAAGAGAUCCAGUCCUGGUGGGAAGUCCCCGCCAUAGCGCACUUCUGCUCGCUGUUCAGGACCGCUUUCAACCUUCCAGACUUUGAAAUAGAGGAGCUGGAGAAGGCCCUGUCAGAGCAGGAUUUGGACUUCCUCAGGGACCUCAUUGCUUGUCUUUUACAGGGCUGCUACCAGCGCAAUGAUAUCACCCCCCAGGCAUUUAGCAGUUACCUGGACGACAUCAUCAGCUACCGGUGGGAGCUGGAAGAAGGGAAGCCCAACCCACUUCGAGAGGGUCCCUUUGAGAAUCUCCCUCCUCGCACUCAGGUGGAACUGCUGCACCGGCUGUGCGACUACCGUCUGGAUGCUGCUGAUGUCUUUGACCUGCUCAAGGGACUGGAUGCAGAUAGCCUGAGAGUGGAACCACUGGGGCAGGAUGGAAAGGGAGCCCUCUACUGGUACUUUUACGGCACUCGCAUGUACAAAGAAGGGCCAGUCAAGAGGAAAGCGGAGAAAAUCGGUGAAGCCACUGAGCUGACAUUACCAGAGAAAAAGAAAAGGGGAAGACCACCAAAGAAGAUGAAACUGGAAGAACCUCAGCUAUGUGAGCUGGAGAGUGAAGUGACAGAAGUAAAGACAGAAAAUGAGCUGGAAGAUGUCCGCCCCACCACAGGCCUUAAGCGAGGCAGUUGGUCGCUUGUGUGUGAUACGGAGGAGCAAUGGGUCAGUCUGGUAGACGGCAUCAAGGACAAAACCUCCCCACAGGACCGCCACCUCUACCGUGUCAUCAGCCAGAACUUUAUGCCUGAGAUCCGCAGCAUGAUUGAGCACAAGGAGCGGGAGCAGAAACAGAAGCUACUGGACCCAGCCCCAGUUCGCAUAUCACAACGGUUCUCUGAAAAACACUUUAACCAAGAGGAGGAGGACAAUCUGAUGGCAGAGGAGGAGGAGAAGAAGAAAGAUGAAGAGCUGGACAGGCAGAUCCUGCUGGCCGAGCAACGACGAGAAGAGGAAAGGCUUCAGCAGGAAGAACAACAGAGAGAAAAGAUGGAGAAGAUCAAAGCUGUGGAGGAGCGAGCAAAGAGGCGGAAGAUGCGAGAGGAAAGGGCCUGGUUACUGUCUCAAGGAAAAGAUCUGCCACCUGAACUCUUGAAUUUGGAGCCUUCUUCUCCCGUCCACAGAACACGCAGGAAUAAAGCAUUCUAUGAAAUUGAUGAUGACUACACUACUCUAUACAAAGUGCUCGAGGUCUUGAAAGCCCAUAAAGAUGCUUGGCCUUUCUUGGAGCCUGUGGAUGAUUCUUAUGCCCCCAAUUACCACGAGAUCAUCCAGACACCGAUGGACCUGUCCACCAUUGAAAAGAAGCUCAAUGAUGGGGAGUACGUUGCUAAGGAGGAGUUUGUUGCUGACGUGAAGCUCAUGUUUGAGAACUGCAUUGAAUACAAUGGAGAAGACAGUGAGUACACCAUCAUGGCGGAGUCUCUGGAGCGGUGUCUUAGCCGGGCCCUAUUAAAACACUUUCCAUCAGAGGAUGGCGACACAGAUGAGGAAUUCCACAUCAACAGUGAAGAGAAGGACCGCAAGGACAAAAAGCGCAAUCGUGGCAGCAGUAAACAUUUGGGACCUGAAAGUCUGAUCAAAGCCACUGAGCAAGUCCAACGUAAGAGAAACUCCCAAGGGGGGGGCAAGGGCAGCUCACUCUCGGAAGAGGACAACAGACAAACACGUCCACCUCCUUCCCUUCACUGGGCCAAUGGCCCCCCUCACCCCCACAGCCUGCCUCCAAGCCAGCAGCACAUGCAUCAAGGGGACAUCAGGGGCAUGUACCACCCCGGGCAACAGCUCCUUCGUCCACCUGGCCCUCAUGGCCCACACAUGUAUGGUCAAAGAAUGACCAUGGAUCCCCGCUUCUCUUACCCAGCUCACAUUCCCAGACACAGAGACCCUGGUUUGAACCGCUUGCCCCACAACUUUACCAUGCAGCAUCGCAUGGUUGAGGGACGUCACAUGGGUCAUAGGUAUCCAAUGGUCCCAAAUCCUAACCAACAACAGCCUCCACACCAGCCGCAGCACCCCUACAUGGGACCAACUCAUGGCCCGUCUCUGGGCCCACGUCCGUUGGGCCUCCAGCCUGGCCCUCCUCCUGAAGCCAGCAUGUAUCCUUCCCACCAUCGUCCAGAGGGACACACCAUGCACCCCUUGGGCAACAGAUUCCUAGGGCCAGAAGGACCAUCUCAUCACAACUACCCAGGCUUAAGGCCUCCCGGUAUGGGCCUAUCAAACAUGUGGACUGGUAUGAAUCACCAGGAGAGACCCAAUGGGAUGGGAAUGCAAGAUCCCAACAUGUUGAACCAGCGCAACUUUAGUUAUGGGGGAGUCCCCCCUCCAGUGGGGCAUAAACCUUGGCCAGAAGCUGCUGGAUACCCCCACCCUUGUCCCAAUGCCCAGUAUCAAAUGUCUGCAGCGGUCAGUUCACCGGGCCCAAUGUCAUCACGCCUCCCUGUCCCCCACCCAGACUCCUCUGGCAGGACACGCUUGGCUUCCAUGCUGGAAAGCCCAGAGAUGCUGGCCCUGCAGCAGCUGUCAGCCUCUUCUGGACCCCCUGCUGGUACCCCUCAUCAGCACAUGGGCAACUUUCAGCAGCCUGGGCCCCCAUCAGGAAUUGGCAGCGUUCCAGCUCACCCCUCUCAGCAGCCUCCCCCUGCCCCUGAGGUUCAGCUGCUGCGUCCUGCUAGAGACAAUGGGCCAGACAGCCAGCCUUCUCAACAGACAGACAUGCUGCCCAAAGACUCAACAUCAGAGAACACAAUGGCAGCCAACAUUUUGGAUGAAGCUUCAUCACACCAAAUCACAGUUUCAAUUAACCCAGACCACCCGUCCAUUCGUAGCCCCACAGAACACCUCACUGGGCCAGCAAAGAGAAUGCAGAGCCCCCGAGCUUCUAACUCGGGCAGAUUACAGGAGAAUCCGUCCGGACGAGGGCUCUCGCAGCGUUCAACAGAGAGCCACAAGCAGGAGGUAGAUGGCCAGAGACAAUCUGCCAAUCACUGUUCUAUUCAACACAUAAGUGCCACUACUGUUUCAUCCCAUCUCAACCCAAGUAACAACAGCUCCACUGACGCCACCCACCCCGUCCACCCUCAGCAUACACACAACAGUCCACAGCAAAAAGCUCAAAGCCCUGCACUUCUUCACCAGAACGUAACGCCACUGCAUGUUGCAGCAUCUCAGGAUUCCACUCAGCAAAUGUCAGAGAGCAAUUUGUCACACACACAGGAUGCACAUCAGCAAAGUGCGCAGCAGAACAUCCAAAAACAGCAGCAACCUCAGGCAACCCAGAGUACAUCGCCUCAAUGCCACACUCGGAGCUCUUCCCAACCGAUGACCCAGAGCACACAGCAACAUAGUUCUCUUCUACCCCCUCAUCACAUCCCCCAAAACAUCUCUCCACAUCCUACACAGAGCAGCCCCAUGCAUGGGAUGCCACAGAGUGCCACACAAGUAGCCCAGCCUGGACCCACUCAGCCAGUUCCUCUUACCUUGUUGCCACCCAGUCAUCCUACCCCACUACUACCAUCCCAGCCUAGCCCAGCAGACCAUGGAGAUCAAAGACCUAGUGAGCCUGCAAGUAGACUGGACACAGACGGCAAUGCCGUUCCUCCACAACACAUGAUGAAAUCUGGGCCUCCAAAUGGUAUUUAUAAACACCAAGCUUUUAGCCCCAAUCACGAUCAAACCCAGGUGGUCAUUAGUAACCCAGGUAUGCAGGCUCAGAGAGGGCAAGCACCUGCUCACAAUCCAGCCAUGCCUCCCCACUCCCAAGGCCAGGUAAAUGGAGCCAUGGGUCCAUAUGCCAUGGGGAACCAUCUACAUCCACACUACAGCCAGACAAACAUGACCAGGCCCAUGCCUCCAUCUGCUCACCACCCAUAUCACAAUCAGGCCAUUAACCCCCUCCACAAUCCUGCUCAGCACCCCACAUACCACCAGCAGGGAGGGUCUGCCUACUCCUACCACACGCCAGGCCAGCAGCACCCUCAGGCCCACCCCAAUGUGUACCCAACUCAUCAGUACCAACAACAGCACUACUUCCCACAACCCCAUUCCCAAGCUCAGAUCCAUAACCAGGCCAACAGCAGAGGAAGUUUUCCUCCGGAGGAGUGGCAUCGGCCUCAUUAUCAGCCUCGCCAAUCGAUGCCGCCCAAUGGCUACCUACCUGUAGCUAGUCCCAGAGGCAACGGUCAGUUGAAGGAGAGCAGUGUGUCACCACUGGGCUCUGAGGGCUCCAGUUUGAUGUCCCCUGGCCCUAUGCCUGAAGUAGCGCCACACCCUGGAGUACCAGAGGAGAUAAAGUGUGAAAGUAGGGAGCAGGCCAGUGGAUGCAACGGCAGUGGUGACAUCCCUGCAAAGCAGGCUCAUGAGGAGAGCUCAGACCGGCCAGAGAGCCCGAAAGAAAUCCUGGACCUCGACAGCCAUAAUGCUGCUGCCCGCCGCCGUAGCACCCUGCCAACUCAACAGCACAAUCCUGCACACAUGGUGUCUGGCUUCAUGUUCGACCCUUGUGCCAUGCACCCUGGGAUGCAGCGCGGUGGCGUUCCUCCACCCCACAUGAUGUUUCAGACUCAUGGAAAUUGCAACAGGGCUCCUUACCCUGGCCAGCCAUACCCAGAUCCAGGACGCUAUGCCGCCCAAAGACCUCACCCACAUCUGAUGGAGGCUCUGCAGCGGCCUCAACAGCUGCCUUACUCGCCGGGUCAGACACGCAUGGUCAUGUACAGACACCCCCGGCCUGCUGGGAAUUUCCAGGGCAUGAUGAUUCAGCACAGAGGCCUGGCACCAGAACACUUCCUACACCCAGGGCAGCAGAUGAUGGCUGCUCCAGGCGGCCCUGGCAGUAAACAAGGAGUGUGACAAGAACCAUAUCGGAGCAUGUUAUUAUCAAUUGUUCCAAAUGGAAGAAUAUGUGGGUAAGCUCCCCGAGACUGUAGAUGGACACUUUGCUCCGCAUACAUCUCUUAAUGAUUUUCUUACACUGGACAAGAACCUUUUGGCUCCGUUUCGCCCACCGCUGAACUUGAAGAUCCAACCAGGCAGCUGGAAUAACCGAAAUGAUGAUAAUGUGAAACGUUUUUGAGCCCUGGAGAACUAUUCUCUUUUUGCUUGCCGUCCUUCACAUGGAGCUCUCUGUGGAACUGACGGGAAUUCACUGACUUGCUCAAGGUCCCGUCACCACAACAUGUUUGAACCUCCAGCAGAAGGGCAGCCGUUAUUAACCACCAGGCCAACCGGCCCCAAGAACACUAGACAGCCCUCCUCUCUCUGAGCAAUGGAAAUAUGAAUGGGUACAAAAGUACACUGAACACAGCCUGCCAAUCUGGUCCUUUGCCUGUAGUAGGUGAUGGAGCUGUUCGUCUACUGACCGAACGAAGGAGGGUUGUGAUGAAGACGAGAGGGACUGUUCUAUUUACUGAUAUUUUCGAUUCCAACCCUAUCUUUAAACUCAGGUGUAGAAAAGGAGGUACUAUGAGACUGUCACCCUAACCCAGUCAACUCACAGGCCCCUUGCAAUUGCCUUGAUUACCUUUGUGAAUGUAUGAGUGAAUGUGUAGACAAUAAGGUGUGUACAGCAGAUUAGUUGCAUGGGGAAAGUACACAAACACUGAUCAUUUGUCUUAAGCAUAAACCGUCUGGAAAAAGGCCCAGUUACUGUCCAUCUCCACCCAGACUUUUACAGUGUUUCUCUAGUUCUGGAGCAAACACGCAGUAUAUGCAUCUUUCAUAGCUGCCUUCAUUGUCAAGAAUGUCUUUGACUAGCAGAGAGUGACUGGCAAAAAUGGCGCAAUUUGUAUCCAACUUUACAUAACUCUGUUAUGCACUAUGGAUUUUAGUCGAGACAUCCUGGAAUUGAGUGGCCUUGGCUAGUCCUAUUUUUAGUCAAACACAUAUAUGUAUGAAAAUAUAUCCUUAUCUCUUGUCCCAGACAGGGGGAAUUCUAAGAUGACAUGUUCUGCUCGCUGGUAAAUGCACAUACACAGAACAAAGGCAUAGAAUCCUGCUCUUGUUUCUUUCUUUAUAUUUGUGACAUUUGUUGCAUUCCAGCUGAAAGUGUGUUCUUUCUUUAUUCAUUCACGGCCCUGCGCUUUGCAUAGUUGCUUCUGUGCGUGCUUCCUCUUCCCCUUUUCAAUACUAAACAGAUCCUCAGGGUGUACAGUUUCUAUAUACGGGUAUUGUUCUGCAUUAUUUGGAGGAGGAGGAGCAGCACUAGGAAAAUGGGACUGCAGCUGUGGCAAAUGGAUCCACCUCACUCCCGCUUGUCUUUUUUUCAUUUUUUAUCUAAGUUGAUUUGAAGGGAGAUGGAUCCAAUUUGAGUUAUUCCAUUUGAUAUUUUUGAGUUUUUCAUCACAAUGAAUUUCUUCCGACACAUUUUUUAGGAGCUACCGAUGCAUGUUCUCAUAACCGAUGUGGUUCGUGGAGGUUUACGUCCUUCACCUCAUCGUGUCCAUGUUGCAUUUGUGAACCCCACUUGUGCAGUUUAGUGAUGACCGUAAAUUAAUCUACCUCAUUGGCAUUUACUGAGUCUCUCAACUUCUUUUCCUGCUCUGCCAGACUCCUGUGUGUCAACAUGUUGUGACCAGCGGAUGAUUUUUAGCACCACUAUUAGUUUGUAGUGAACUGAAAUGAAUGCCUUACAAUACAAGACCGUCUUGGUCACAGUUUGCUGACACUGACGGGUGUUCUGUAAAUUAAGCAAUCCUUGAAUUUUUUUUGGAUGGGACAGCACUUUCAUUAUCGUUUUUUAAAUGGAGUACGAUGGACAAUAUGACAUAACAUGUCUGAAAUGGGAGUCUGUAAAUUGGUCUCACGUUGUACAGAUGGCAUGUCUUUCUGACUAAAGUUUGUUGGAACUAGGCAAAGUAGGCGGUAUUCCAGUCUAGGAUCUGUAAUAGACUGCAUAGAGUUUGGCGUCAUUAUGGGUUUACUAUGUUCAUUAGUAGUAGGUACCUAAAGCUUUGUAAGUAAAUCUUUGAGAGGAUGGUGGAAUAGGAACGUACUAGAAGCUGUGAGACAAUUUUCUAAAUGUGGCACACAGGGCUAUUUAGUUAAAUUGAAUAAUUAGGGAAUUGUCAAUAUUUAGUGGGCCUGAUAGAGUCACUUUGGAGGUAGAGUGUUCACUAGCGCUGUCUCGUGCAUGAAGGACAGUGUUCAUUUUAAAGGUCUGAGGUUGUGAUACUGUCUUAUGCUGUAUAUAUGUUGUGUGUCUGGGUGUGUGUGUGUUUCUGGUGUGUAGAAUCGGCACCAGAUCUGAAGUGUGCAUUCAUCUCUCACUUUUACUCUGCUGUCAUCUCUCUGCACUAGUGAAAACAUUUAGAUGUGAUUAAAUGUGAAUCAUAUUUAUUUUCUCCUUCAGGCAUUUUUUGUACAUUUUUGGACUUGUUUUAAUAUAAAUGUGGUGUAUGUUUCUAUUUUUUUUUUCUUUAUUUCUUUUUUGUUUUAAAUGGUUGUCUUUCUGCCUCAAUAGCAUGGUGGCAUUGAAAAAAGAACCGUACGUUUAAUUUUCAGUGAUGUUUUCAAGUUCUUAUCUGACUGACAGAUUAUUUUGGAAAUGGAACAGAGUAUUUUCUAUACUGUACAUUUCUUAGAAAUAAAUCACUUUUCUCGAA